ACUGUGAAACGCAAUUAGAAUUUUCACUCGCUCAUACAAAAUACAUACGAAGAUUCUUACUAAAAUGAAGCAAAAGUACUGUUUGAAUAACCACCAAAAAGCAGAUUUCAAUCUCGUUAAUAAAGACAAUAAUAAAAAACAAGAUACGAUUACAACUUUUUCGCAUGAAAGUGACGAUGGCAACUCCGUCAAGAUGAACAUCGUUCAUCCAACAGCUGGUGACGAAAAGAGCAACGGCAACAUCAACUUAGCUGAAAUGACUACUAAUAAAGGAAAUGAAAAAGGACCCCGGACACUAAACAAGCAGAGCACGUCUUUCCUGGCAGAAGUUUCACAGAGUAGAGCUAGGAACCAGCAGAAGUUGCUGGACGAAGUGGACGAUGUGGGCAAUAAUCCGGACAAGAAGGGGAUAUUGGGCCAGAUGUACAUGGUGUGGAGAUUGUGUUGCAGUGAGAGUUCCAUAGCAGGAGUGCCCAACUACUCCAACUCAGAAGAUUGCUUGGUUCUGGGUUUGAGAGUUGUCGAUCGAGUCUUCGAAGAGGAGGGUUUUGAUAUCUUCGAGUCCUCAGUUGUCGGGUUGUCGGAGACGAAGGAGGAAGAAGUUGAGGGCUUAGCUGCUUCGCUCUUAAGCGAGCGGAGAAUCUGUUUGGCAUAA